GCAGCUACAAUCCAAACAGGAUUGAAAUUAGUUUGCUUUCACUUGCAAUUAAUAAACACACAUACAAACACACAGAUACUCGUUUACCUUUCAAGGUUCAUAGAGCUACAACCACUGUUUCCAUCGGAUUCAAUCAUACCAAAAGGAAGAAAAGGAUCAUGAUAACGAGAUUCAUCAUCAAGUAAUAUGAGAGCUGUCAUUGUCGUUCUGUUCUCUUUCACUGGCUGGUUGCUGUGUUUUUCUCAGCUACAUCUGGCUCAAGAUACUUUAGAGCCUGGCGAAGAGAUUACUGGUGAUGCCACCCUUGUUUCAAAGGAAGGCAAAUUUAUACUGGGUUUCUUCUCCCCACGACAAGAUUCAACAAAGUACUUAGGAAUAUGGUACAACGAGUCACAAGUACAGCCACGAACGGUGGUAUGGGUUGCGAACAGGGCCCCUGUUCCAGACUCCAUGGCAUCUUUUCAAAUCGCAGACGAUGGAAACCUCCGAGUAUCAGACUCCAAUGGAAAAGGCUACUGGUCUUCCGGGCUCGAGGGAUCUUCAUCCUUAAACCGUACAGUGAAGCUUAUGGACUCAGGAAACCUGGUACUCAUAGAUGACGAGGUCAGAACAAAUAAUCGCUGGCAGAGCUUUGAACAUCCAACGGACACAUUUCUGCCUUCCAUGAAAAUGGAUAAAAACAUGAACUUGACAUCUUGGAGAAGCUCUGAUGACCCAUCCCCGGGGAACUACACCUUUCAGCUUGCUCAAACAGGGAGCAACAGCUUUACAAUUUGGAAAAAUCAGCGCCAACUUUUCUGGAAACCUUCAGAGCCAAUCCCCCUGUCAUUAUUGAGAUUGUUGACAAACUCCUCUCAGCAACAGCCGUUGACUGAUCAUCCAAGGCUAGUCAUGAACUAUACAGGGAAGAUCGAAUUGCAGAGGUACAACGAUGAUAAUCUCGAAAGUGGAUGGUCAGCGGCGUUUAGCGAACCUACAGAGUGCAAAAUAUACAAUGCGUGUGGGAGUUUUAGCAUCUGCAAUGAUCAGAAUCGCCCUGUCUGUAAGUGUUUGCCCGGAUUCGAUCCUUUGCCAACUAAAAAUUCCUCCGGAGAACAGGAUAAUGGGUGUGUCAGAAAAUCUACAUCGUGUGGAGGAAAAGACAUUACAUUUUUAAACUUGACGAUGGUUGAAGUGGGAAGCUCGGGUAAACCAGUUGCAGCAGGAAAUGAAGCAGAGUGCCAAUCUGUGUGUCUCAACGACUGCUCUCGAUGCCAGGCUUAUUCGUAUAAUACUAGAUUAUCGGUUCGGAAUCCUGUUUGCUUGAUCUGGACUCAGGAUUUACCUACUCUUACAGAAGAUUCCCCUAAAUAUGGCAUUUCUCUUUCCGUCCGCCUACAGGUUUCAGACAUGGCAUCAAUUGCCAAAACCUGUGAACCUUGCGGCACAACAAUAAUUCCAUAUCCACUAAGCACUGGGCAAGAUUGUGGGGAUCCCUUGUACUUCAAGCUCAAAUGCGACAACACAACAAAAACAGGCGAGGUUAGCUUCAAUAUGUCUGAACUUGGGCUUCUUCGGGUGUCUAAAAUAGACUCAGAUAAUCGGAAGUUGCGAAUCCAAACUAAUGAGUUCAACUUCUGUGAUGGCAAAGAUCAAAGACAAAAGGUUAAGGUUGACUUACCCUUUAACGUAACCGACUGGUGCUUUGGUAUAAAGGAAAUAGAGGUUAGUUGGUUACCACCAUCAGAACCUCUCUGCCAUAGCAUGACAGACUGCAACGACUGGCCGCAUUCGACCUGCAACAAUGAUUCGAAAGAUGGAAAACCAAGGUGCCUUUGUAAUACGAACUAUUACUGGAACAAUUCAACUUUAAAUUGCACCCCAGGUGUCCUUUCCACCUUACACGAGCCAUCUGGAAGAAGAAAAUCACUCACAGUAAUUAUUGUGGCAACUCUCUUAAGCGUGGCUUUCAUAACUUGCAUGGUUGUUUUUGCUUAUCUAUGGAAAAAGAGAAUAGCACGAAAGAAAGAAAGGGGAAGAGUUCAGAGAAAUCGAGGGCGGAUGUAUGACAGUGGGAGACAAGUGAAAGAUUUGAUAUACUUGGAAGAGCUAGAAGAAAAAGACAACGAAGGCAUAGAGGUACCGCAGUAUGAUUUUGAAACCAUACUGGCUGCUACAGAUAACUUUUCAGAUGCCAACAAGCUAGGACGAGGAGGUUACGGACCUGUUUACAAGGGUAUAUUAUCCGGCGAACAGCAUAUAGCAGUAAAGAGGCUUUCAAAUGUUUCAUCGCAAGGUUUGAAGGAAUUCAAGAAUGAAGUUGUUUUGAUAUCGAAGCUACAGCAUCGAAACCUUGUCAGACUUCGGGGCUACUGCAUGACGGGAGAGGAAAAAAUCUUACUUUACGAAUACAUGCCAAAUAAGAGUUUAGACGCAUUCUUGUUCGAUCGUACGCGAAAUCUGAUAUUAGAUUGGCAGUUGCGGUUUAACAUAAUUCUAGGAGUUGCUCGAGGAAUGUUAUAUCUUCAUCAAGAUUCUAGAUUGAGAGUUAUUCAUAGAGAUUUAAAAACCAGCAACAUUCUUCUAGACGAGGAGAUGCAACCAAAAAUUUCAGACUUUGGUUUGGCUAGAAUAUUUGGAAACAAAGAAAUUGAGGCUAACACUGAGAGAAUAGUUGGAACUUAUGGAUAUAUGGCUCCAGAAUAUGCAUUGGAUGGAUUAUUCUCAAUCAAAUCAGAUGUUUUUAGUUUUGGUGUAGUAAUUCUUGAAAUAAUCAGUGGAAAGAAAAAUACAGGAUUCUUUCAAUCCAAACAAGCUUCCAGCCUUUUAGGUUAUGCGUGGAGACUAUGGACAGAGAACAAGUUGAUGGAUUUAAUGGACCGGUCUUUGAAUGAAAGUUGCAAUGCACACCAAUUCGUAAAGUGUGCACAAAUGAGCCUAUUGUGCGUGCAAGAUGAACCAAGAGACAGGCCCACCAUGUCACAGGCAGUGAUAAUGCUUGAAAGCGAGAUUACAAGCCUGCCAACUCCAAAGCAACCAUCUUUCUUUAUCACAAGAGGCUUUUCUGGCUCAGCUUCUUCUUCCAGCAAACCUGAAGGAAUUCUUUCAACCGAGAGCACCUACCAAGAAGGUCGUUAGUGCCUCCUAUGAAUAUACACAACUGUGAAGGCUUGUCCAAGCUCCUCCACCUCCUCUUCACUUCACUUCUCAUCCCAUUCGUUAGGUUAAAUCUGGACCCUUUGAAUUUAUUAUUUUGUAAGGUUGUUGGUAAAAUAUGGAAACAAAUUUUGAUGUCAACAGAUUAGGACUAUAGUAAAAGAAAGAAAGAAUAUCUAUUUUAUAAAAUAUUUGAGUGGUUGAAAUUUAUUCUAAUAAGUGAGGCUUAAAGUCCAUAUAA